GCCCCCAAGAACAAAGAGACGCUACUUCACUGUAACAUCAAAAGAACCUUAGCAAUUCUUACCUUUAUAUCAGUCUAAUAAACUUUGACCUCGCCCUCACAAUUGCCCAGCAAAGAACCAUGGGCGACGCCUCAGUCUUCAAAUAUCCCUCUCCCUUGACUGGGUAUGAGAAUGCCCCGCCAUUGCCAGACGAGAAAGCAGCAGACGGGAAGAGCUAUGUGAAUCCCCCGUCAGAAAAGCUCAGCGAAGCAUACGAGAAGUUUAUAGAUCCAUUGGAUCGAAGUGAUCGGGGUGGCUUUGACAUUCAUAUCUACUACCUACAAACAAACGAAACGCAGGUCAAGUACGCCAAGGAGCUUUGGGAGAGAAUCCGAAGAGAGUUCCCCGAACUACGAAUCUACAAGCUCUGGGAGGGGCCAAUUGGACCUCAUCCUAUCGCCAUGUUUGAAGUCAAUGUAUUCUCGCCCGCUCAAUUCGGCGCUUUCGUCGCGUGGCUUGCUAUUUGGAGAGGACCCCUAUCCGCUCUGGUUCACCCUAAUGUUAUUCCCGAAAAGGGCGUGAAUCGCUGGGCGUCGAUGAAGAGGGAUCAUUUGGAGAGGGCGAUCUGGAUGGGUGAAAGACUGCCACUGGAUGCUAGUCUUUUCAAUAGAGAGGAUUAGAUGCAAGAAAUAUUCAUCAAGUUAGUCAACAGUCUACAGAUAAUCAAAAAGUACAGCAGUUUAUAACGGAAUCAAUUAUGUGAAUUAUUGUGUCAUUUGAGCUCGAUCUUGCGACAGGCGCUCAACCACCCUGCGCGCCGAACCGGACCCAAGCUCUAUGCUAGAGAGUCUUAUUUGUGCUCGCCCUCACCAUUGCAGAAGGGAACGGGAUAAGUUUCGCUGCUGCAGAGACGAAUAAUACCCUUAACCCACUCAAGAUUUCCAUAAGUCUGACUCUCAUACGAAUCCGAGGUAAACUCCGUCUUCUCAAUCUCAUCACCGCAUCCAUCAAGAACAUUGCCCUGAACACGUCGGACAUAAGGCUGGCUGACAAUAAGACCAUGGUGAUUCUCAGGAACUUGGAAAGACAGAGACUGCUGCUGGCUCGAAGUCCAGGUCUCGGUGUAGUCAAUGCUCAGCGAAGUGGUGAGAAUGUCUUCGAUGAGAGGGAUGCUGAAGCUAGCGCCUACUUUGAGAGAGUUGGCGAUGGUGAAGCCGGAAGUGACGCUGACGGUGGCCUUGGAACCGUCGAGACUGCUGAUGACGGGAGACAUGGGGACAUCCCAGUUGAGAAACUCCUUCUCGGAGAGGACUUGGACUUCGGUGCUCUCGCAACCACGACGCUCAAUGUUUCGCUUCGAGGGAGUCUUGGUGUUGACAGCGGGGGCAGUCUCGAGACGUUCGAGGUCAGCGGCUUUCAUGACUUGAGAAGUGCCAUCGGUCUUGAGAACGAUGACAUCGUCGGCGGAAAGAAUCUUGGGAGCGGCUGCGGCUUGGGUAACCGAGACAAGGCUGACGAGGGCGAGAAGCGUGGAGGGGAUCAUGGUGGGGAAGCUGAGUAGUGUUGUGAUUAAAUGCGAGUAUUAAGCAAGACAGCUAAAGCAAAAUGAUGCGAUCAAAUCAGAUGAAUGAGUGACUUGGUAAAGACUGUAAAGAUUGGCUAGAUGCACAAACGAAUGAACGACGAAAGCUCGAU